AUGCUCGCGUCGACCUCGACCCCCCGCCGCGCGACCGCUCCGCGCGGGUUCGGGUUUCCGGACGUGACGUCGCGUAACCGCGCGUUCUCAACCUUUGGGACGCGUCGCCCUCGCCUCGCGAGCGCCAGGACCUUCCGCGUCGCCGCCAAAUCGUCGAGACCCAGCCUCCGCGGCGCAGCGAACGGGGCCGAGAACGAAAGCUCCGGGACCCUCGACGCCGAGAAUGGGUACUGGCGCGUCGAGGCCGCGAGCGUCCAGCGCGCGCGCGGCACCCUGCGGAGGAUAUCCGAGUUCGCCGGCGAGCGCACGACCGACGGCAUAGGCGACGCGCACCUCGCGGCCGCGCUCGCCCGUGACCACGACCUCAUCCGCGCCAUCGACGACGCCGGAGCCCUCCACGACCGCCUCAUCCACUCGCAGGGGCUCUGCGGCGGAAGGUGCUACGCCACUCUCCUCGCGCUGGACGAGGAUUCCCUCCGCGCGAGACUCACCAAGGACGUGCUCAACUUUUACCCCGAGGAUGGCACGCAACCCUUCGUGCCCCUCGCCGCGCGCGGUCCCUGGAUCGUCACCGCGCACGGCGCCGUGGUGUACGACGCCGGCGGCUACGGCAUGACCGGCUUCGGGCACUCGCCCGACGACUUACUCGACGCCGUGGGUCGGCCCGAGGUGAUGGCCAACGUCAUGACUGGGUCAUUCGCGCAGGCGGAUCUCACGCACGCGCUGCGCCGCGAGAUUGGACGCAACUGGCGAGGCGCCAAUAGGGGCCGAAUGAUGGUGACGAACGAGAAGGACGCCGAGGACGACGACGCCGCGUGGACGAACCAGCUGGAACACCCGUACGCAUCCUUCGCGUGCCUCAACAGCGGCAGCGAAGCCGUGACGCUGGCGCUUCGAGUCACCGACGUUCGCGCGAGGACGGAGAUCGACGUCAAGGGCAAGACGCCGGUGUUCAUCGCCCUGAAGGGGUCGUUCCACGGCCGGACGAACAGGGCGGGGACGGUGUCGCACGCGACGCACGGCCUCUACGCCGAGGAGCUCGCGUCGUUUCGUCCCGGGAAUUGGAGGGAACCUUCCAAGUCCAAGGGCGCCUUCGACGUCGACGACUUUUUCCGCGCCGAGACCCAAACCUCCAAAGACGAGUUCACUGCCGAAGAUGCCGACGACGAGUGCGACUCCGACUUUGCUCACCCCUUCUACGACAGCUGGAAGGACUGCUGGCAGCACAAGCGCCGUAAGGACGACGUCGAGGCGCUUCGAGGCGCCGGUCGGGACGCGAACCAACGCGAGGGCUUCGAUACCGACGAGUCGUUCCAACCGCCCCCGUGCCUCUUCGUCGAACCCAACGACGUCCAAACGCUCGUGAACACCUUCGACGCGUGCGACCGCGCGGGGCUGUUCGUGGAGGCGAUGAUCCUCGAGCCGUGCAUGGGGGAGGGAGACCCGGGGCGGAUGAUCACGAGGGAGUUUUACGACGAGGCGCGGCGGCUCACGAAGGCGCGCGGGACGUUCCUGGUGGUGGACUCCGUGCAAGCCGGGCUUCGCGCCACCGGCGACCUGUCGCUGGUGGACUGGCCGCGGUUCGCCAGCUGCGAACCGCCCGACUUUGAGGUCUUCUCCAAGGCUCUGAACGGCGGGCAGUUCCCGCUCUCCGUCGUCGCCUUCUCCGAACGAGCGCGAGACGCGUACAAGACGGGAAUCUACGGCAACACGAUGACGUUUAACCCCCGAGCCGCGAGGGUGGGAACCGCGGCGCUUCGAGCCAUGACGCCCGCGCGCCGCGCCAACGUGGUCGAGCGCGGGAAAGAGCUGCUGUCGGCGCUGGAAGACCUCGUGCGCAGGUACCCGUCCCACCUGGACCGCGCCGCCGGGUCCGGUCUCCUCGCCGCGGUGCACUGCGCGCCGUCCGUGCGCGUGACGGGCGACGGCGGCCUCGAGGAGCGGUGCCGCCGCGCGGGGCUCAACGCCGUGCACGGGGGCGAAAACGCGCUUCGUUUCACGCCGUGGUUCGACAUGUCCACCGAAGAGGUUCGCCUCCUCGCGAACGUCGUCGAGGAAGCCCUGCUGGGUUGGAUGCGCGAUAACGGGGAGGGGAACGACGGGGUUGACGUCGCGAAACCGCGAGAUUCCUUCUCCACGGCGGCGUACGCGAGCGCGUACGGUUUCGGUUCCACGAAAACCCCGAAGGAGGCUCGGUUCGCCAAGUUUGACAAAGCCAAGUUUGACCCGCCGGAUAUCGAGCUCAAGGCGAAAAACUACGACGGCACGCUCCGCGACUCCGCGAAGACGCGCGUCGCGCGACGCGUCAUCGACGCGGCGGUGGGCAAGUACCUCGCGAGGAACCCCAAGGUGAGGGCGGUCGCGUCGUCGGUGCGAGCGGCGGCGGCGGCGUCGUCCUCCUCCGAAGGGGUUAAGUUCACCGGUACCUACGCCCCGAGCGACGGCGACUGCGAAGGUCUCCCGCUCGACCACGUCGCGUUUCGCACGUUCGCACUGCCGAACAUGGGCAUCGACGCCGUCGCCGGGCUCUUCACGUCCCUCGGGUACGUCGAGGCGAGCGAUCCGGGAAAGCUCGGCGACGGGCCGAUGCGAUUUCCCGAGAAGAAGGUUAGCGCCAGGUGGUUCCGGCCCCCCGACGCGACGCCGCCGCUGCCCAGAAUUUUCAUCUCCGAGCUGGACGUCUCCGACCUGUCCAACGCCGCGAGGGCGACGAUCGAGGCGUACGUCGGCGGCACGGGCGACGGCGAGCACGGCAUGCUCUUCAGCACGCAGUCCGCGUCCGCGGCGCUUCCGUACGACACCAGGCGAGGCGCGCGGAAGAAGGAGAAGAAGAAGAGCAAGGUUCGGUACCCCGGCGCCUUUGCCGAUCCGGACUUUCACAAGGACACGUUCGAGUGCGUCCUGGACCUCAUCGAGGACGUCUACGCCACGGCGGGAGACCACGCGGCGGGAGUGGCGUCGCACAUGUGCUGCGACGGCUGGGACACCCCGUGGGACGUGCGGGGCAUCGCCAAAGCCGACUUUGACCUCUUGACGAACGAAUCCGAAUACGCCGCGUGGACGCUCGUGAACGGGUACGCCGUGAACCACGUCGCCAUCGCCGCGCACAGGCUCCCGCUCGAGUCCGGCAUCGGCGACCUCCGUUCCCUCAACGCGUUCCUCCAGGGCGACGUCCCCGCCGCCAGGCUCGUCCCAGUCACUCCGCCCGGUGACUCACCGGGCCCCGGUGACUCACCGGCGGUGAGCGACUCGGAGGAUGACGCGGAGAAGGCCGUGAUCCGCCGGGAAAUCGGCGGCUACGGCGAGAUACCCGAGGAGCGGUGCUUCAGCGAACGAUGGGAAAAGUUCGGCGAGGACGGGCUCUACAGGUUCAUCGUCGACCCGGUGGCCUGCCCGACGAGUGGCGGCCCGCCCAACGAGUGGAACGACUUCGAGGACGAGGACGAUCAAACGGUGGAUCAAACCGAGCCCGGCUCCGGGGUGGACGCCUUCACCCGCGUAUCCCCCGACGGCGGCUUGCUCCAGUCGUCAAUCUCCGCCGACGUGCGUUUGGUGAAACUGUUCGACGAGCGCGUGGGUUCGCUCGUGGAGUGCGCCGUGCCCGGGGGGUACCUCGAGAUUGUCCAGAGGCGUCCACUCGAUCCGAACGCGAUUUCGGCCAACGUCCCGGCGCAGAGCCUCGGGGACUCGGCGCUUCGAGACGGGUUCCACGAGGGCAACGCGAACGGAAUCUUCGAGUCGACGUUUCGCGCAAACACGCACCCGCGGGCCAAAGGGGCUGCCGACGCGGGUAAAGGAGGAGGUGGCGAGGUUGGUAAAGGGGCUAAGAGCUCCGCGGUGUCGUGGUCCCUGCGCAGGGUGAGGAGCGCGGAAAAAGAGAGGGACACGUUCUUCGUCGACGCGGAUUGCGACCCGAGCGACGAGGAGUGCCACUACGCGUUCUGAGAACCGACGUGGGUGCCGACUUUCACUCUUCCCUGACCAUGAACCGACGCGUCAACGCGUCGCCUGCUGUUUUGACGAUGUCUGCAUCACGUAUGAUAAUGACAAUCUACACCCUACGAUGAACC